AUGCAGCACCCAUUAACGGCAAGAAAUGUCCAACUGGAUCAAAUCUGGACUGAUUUCAAGACAGGAGUGGAACAAAUCUACGAUGCAAGGACGAGUAUGAGCCGAACGCGUUACAUGCAACUCUACACGCAUGUCUACAAUUAUUGCACUACGGCUAAUCGGACGAGCACAGCAAGUAGUCGAACUAGAAGUGGCAUUUCUCUCGGUGCUCAAUUUGUUGGAAUGGAAUUAUAUAGUCGAUUAAAAGAUUUCUUGGCAUUCUAUCUUGUACCUAAAGUUCUGGAAGCCAAUGAAGCUAUCGGCGAAAGUUUAUUGACAUACUUUACCGCCGAAUGGGAACGUUUUAAAUUUUCCAGCAAAGUUUUAGACGGUAUCUGUGCUUACCUCAAUCGUCACUACAUUAAACGUGAAUGCGACGAAGGACACGAUUACUUUGAGAUUUAUUGUAUGGCCAUGACAGUAUGGAGAGACAAAGUAUUUAACAACGUUCAUGGAAAGCUAUGCAAUGCUGUCAUAGACUUAAUUAUGAGAGAAAGAAAUGGUGAAAUGAUCAAUACGCGCUUGAUAAGUGGCGUUCUUGAUGCCUUCGUCGAUCUUGGAUUGCAAAGGGAUGGAAGGUCUUGUAAAUGUAAAAUCACACUAGAACUUUAUCAAUCAUGUUUCGAGCAAAAGUUUAUCGAGGAAACAGAAAGUUACUACAUCAAUGAAAGUGGUCAGUACUUAAAAGACAAUUCCAUAACUGAAUACAUGAAAAAGGCUGAAGCUCGAUUACACGAAGAACGUAAAAGAGUACAAGAUUAUUUGCACGAGAGAACCCUUGAUCCAUUAUUAAGAUCGUGCGAAAGAAUCUUAAUCGAAAAACAUUUAGAAAUAUUCCAUUCUGACUUUGUCAGACUCCUCAAUGACGAGAAAAACGAAGAUCUAGGACGAAUGUAUAAACUCCUUUGUCAUAUAGCGUCUGGAUUAGAUAAAUUUAAAAGUCUUUUAGAAAAACACAUAAAGGACCAUGGGCGUCAAUCGAUAGAGGAAUGUGGAGAUGCUGCAACCAAUGAUCCUAAAGCCUACGUUAAAGCAAUACUAAGUGUCUACUCUAAAUAUCAUAACCUAGUGGUAUCCUCUUUCGAUCAAAAUUCUGGAUUUAUGGCUGCGUUAGAUAAGGCGUGUGGAGACUUCAUAAAUUGUAAUGCCGUAACCCAAACUUCCGCUCAAGUAUCAUCAAAAUCUCCUGAAUUGUUGGCCCGUUAUUGCGACUCUUUACUAAAGAAAAGUGCUAAAAAUCCGGAAGAGGAUGAACUCGAUAGUGCUCUGGAUGAUGUGAUGAUUGUAUUUAAGUACAUCGAAGACAAAGAUGUAUUUCAAAAAUUUUACGCCAGAAUGUUGGCUAAAAGAUUAGUUAAUCAAAACUCUGCAUCAGAUAACGCUGAGUCAGCAAUGAUAUCGAAAUUAAAAGAGGCAUGUGGUUAUGAGUACACGUCCAAAUUGCAACGAAUGUUUCAGGAUAUGGAACUAAGCAAAGGAUUAAACGAAGACUUCAGAAAGUUGCCUAAUGAAACUAAUUCAGUUGAUUUUAGUGUUCAAGUUUUAAGUUCAGGAGCUUGGCCUUUCUCUCCUAGCCCAGAGUUUACUGUUCCGUCUGAGCUGGAAAGAAGCUUACAAAAGUUUUCAGGCUUCUAUAGCACCCGACAUAGUGGCCGAAAAUUAAACUGGUUAUUUCAACUGUCGAAAGGAGAACUUGUUACAAACUGCUUUAAAAACAGAUAUAGCCUGCAGGUGUCUACGUUUCAAAUGGCAAUUUUGCUGAUGUAUAAUCGAGGAGAUAUUUUUACUGUCAAUGAGUUACAGCAGCACACACAACUUAAGAUGGAAAUAUUGCAGCAAGUAUUAGCCAUACUACUAAAGUGUAAACUAUUAGUUUGCGAUGAUCUCGACAAUUCUGGGGAACUUAAAUACAAUAAUAGGCUAGAACUUUUCCUUGGAUAUAAAAACAAAAAAUUGAGAGUAAAUAUCAAUGUACCCUUGAAAACGGAGCAAAAAGUAGAGCGAGAGUCUACGCAUAGAAAUGUGGAAGAAGAUCGUAAACUGUUAAUACAGGCCGCAAUAGUAAGGAUCAUGAAAAUGCGAAAAGUUUUACAACAUCAAAAGUUAAUAGCGGAAGUUCUCACUCAGUUAUCAAGCAGAUUUAAACCGAACGUUCCUGUAAUAAAGCGAUGCAUUGAUAUUCUAAUAGAAAAGGAUUAUUUACAACGUGUGGAGGGCAACAAGGAUGAGUACGAAUAUUUGGCUUAGUUCUAUUUAUGUAUAAUUGCUAAUAAAAUAUCUCAACAAACCUGUAUAAUAACUAGAAUUAUCGCUAUCGAGUGCGAUACCAUACUUUAUUAUCGUUUUGGAGUGUCAGAUGAGCAAUAAUACCAUUAGCAACUGUGCUCAGUAGUUCGACUUCGCAUACUUAUUGAUCAUUACAUGCUAUGAAUGUAAAAAAAUUAUUCCCAAUAGAUAAACUUUAAAUUUAUGUUAUGAUUACACUAAUAAUGUUUAGUCAGAUAUGAUAACAACAAAUAAUUUUGAAUUGUACAAUAAGCCUACUUAUCGUUUAAAAUAUAUCCUUAACCAUUUCUAUGGUUCGAGUGCGAAGUUUUUAUCAAAUGACGGCUUUAGCAAUCCAUAAGGUUGCAUCAUCUUGUAACAAAGUUAACACCUACGACAAACAUCAAAAUCAUGCUGAUUUUAUAGAGAUAUAGGAAACGAAUGC